AUCAGGUGAAUUCGCCGGGGCGAUCACAUCACGGUUACCGCGGCAACAACGGCAUGUCCUCAAACGCCAACAUCGUUGCUCGUCGCCGGACGAAGGGCUGGCGGUUUUCCUCGCCGCGAUGAACUCGAAUUUCAUGCAAGGAACUCUCGUUACAUGGGCAACAGCCAGCCGAAACCGAGCUCCGAGGAGUACCACCAGCCGCAGCCGUGUCGGAGAUGGAGCUCGGCGCAGUCUCAGCUGAGCUGGGGAAGCAGCCAGAGUGUGCAGUCGGUGGCCAGUGCCCAGCGGUCAUGGUCUCGGGCUUCCACCAGCCUGGGCCGUCGGCGUCAGCUGCGCUGGCAGCCUCAUCUUCCGCCACUAGGGAGCGCAGUGCCAACGGGUGUGCCAGCAGCCUCUGCCGACCCCCUGGCCAAGACACCGUGGCCCGUGACGUUGGCUGAGGCCCUUUUUCUGCCCGAGUUUCCUGUUCGUAGCAAGUUGCAUGAAGCUAACUUUCAGAAAGUCAAGCAGCUGUCUGGGAGCAAGUUUGGUUCAGUUUAUUUGGUGCGUGAGGCUGCUACGGGCAAGUGCUAUGCCAUGAAGGUCCUAUCGAAAGCUCAAGUUGUAAGAGAGAAAGCCAUUCAGCAAUGCAAAGAUGAAGUCACCAUACAGGCGGUGCUGGGUCGGCAUCCGUUUGUGGUUCCCUGCACUCAUCACUGGCAGACCCGUAAGCAGCUUUUUAUAGUCACAGAGUAUGUUCCUCACGGCGAGCUCCGGCUGGCAUGGAGAGCCCUGGGUGGCUUUUCGGAAGACCUCGUGCGAGUGCUCAUAGCCGAGCUGGCUCUAGUCCUAGACUUUCUACAUUGUGCUGGUGUCAUUUACAGAGACCUCAAGAUGGAGAAUGUCCUGCUUGACGAGGAUGGCCACAUCCAGUUGAUUGACUUCGGCCUCGCCCGAUGGCUCAGUUACUGUGCUCGAGCACAGACAGUGUGCGGCACAAUGCAAUUCAUGGCACCCGAAGUUCUGGCAGCUCAACCGUACUCUCAUGCCGCGGACUGGUGGUCUCUGGGCAUCAUGAUGUAUGCGCUGCUGGUGGGGAGGUAUCCAGUUGAAGGCACUGGGGACCAUGUGCAGAUGAAGCAGUUGGUGGCCAAUGCCAAUUACGACCUUCCUGAGGGAUUCUCCGACAAUGCACGGAAACUAUGUCGAAAGCUUUUGUGCAAGCUCCCUCACAAGCGCCUGCAGUCGCUUCACCAGCUCAAGUGGGAACCAUUCUUUCGAGAACUCAACUUUGACGAUGUUCUCCACAAGAAAAUCUCUCCUAAAACGCUGUUACAAGUGCAGCUCGAAAAAUCGGGCAGAAGCACACCGUAA